AUGGGGGAGAUUGUGGUUUUAAGUAGCGAUGAUGGUAUGGAGACGAACGAAGAGACGCUGAUGAACAGAGGCAAGUCGUCGGAAGUUGUCCGGUGGGAGAAGUAUCUGCCGAAGACGGUGCUUAGGGUUUUGUUAGUCGAAUCUGACGACUCGACUCGCCAAAUCAUCACCGCUCUUCUUCGGAAAUGCUCUUACAAAGUUGUAGCUGUUUCCGAUGGUUUAGCUGCGUGGGAGACUCUGAAGGAGAAGUCAAAUAACAUUGAUCUGAUACUAACGGAGCUGGAUUUGCCAUCUAUAUCUGGAUUUGCUCUACUUGCUUUGGUGAUGGAGCAUGAAGCUUGCAAGAACAUACCUGUCAUAAUGAUGUCUUCGCAAGAUUCGAUAACAAUUGUGUUGAAGUGUAUGCUGAGAGGUGCUGCUGAUUAUCUGAUUAAACCCAUGAGGAAAAACGAGUUGAGAAAUCUUUGGCAACAUGUGUGGAGAAGACUCACUGUACGUGAUGAUCCUACUGCUCAUGCUCAAAGCUUACCAGGUUCACAGCACAACCUUGAAGAUACUGAUGAAACUAGUGAAGACUCCAGAUAUCAUUCUGAUCAAGGAAGUGGUGCUCAGGUUACGAGCUACAAUGGUCACCAUAAGCUAAUGGCGGAGGUCAGACCGCUUGAUGGAAUAGAAGAGAUUAAGGACAAAAAGGUUGAAUCUUUUGAUGUGACGAUGGAUUUGAUUGGUGGGAUUGACAAAAAGUCUGAGUGUUUCUAUGGAGACGACAACACUCGUGACGACGAGUUUGUUGGUCCAGAGCUUGGACUAUCUCUGAAAAGAUCUUGCUCUGGAAGUUUAGAGAACCAAGAUGAUGAAAGCAAGCUUCAGAAGCUUAGCCUCUCUGAUGCAUCAGCCUUCUCAAGAUAUGAGAACAGCAAGCUAACGGAGAAAGCCGUUGUUGCUUUGGAGACGAGUACUUCAGCUGAUCCAAAGACACCAACGGAAUCACACGAGAAGUUAAGAUCUGAUCAUGGAAGCGCUACAACGAGCAGCAACCAGGAGAAUAUCGGAUCGUCAAGCAUGAGCGGACAAUGUAACCAAGUUGUUCAAACGGAGGUUACGAAUCAGAAGCAACAUCCGCAAGAGUCUCUCUUUCCAGCAGGAUCAAAUCUUCUGAAAGCAAGCAAGGAGCUCGAAGCUGGUUCUCAGAGCAUUAGCAACAACACCAAUGAAGGGGUUGCAGGACAACAGAGCAGCAGCACAGAGAAACCAAAGGAAGAAGAGAGUCUUACUCUCCAGCAACGUUGUAGUCUUAGAGAAGCUGCGUUGUUGAAGUUCCGGUUAAAGAGGAAAGAUCGAUGCUUUGACAAAAAGGUUAGAUACCAGAGCAGGAAGAAGCUAGCAGAGCAGCGUCCACGAGUGAAAGGCCAGUUCGUGCGUGCUUUGAAUUCAGACGCGUCUACUAAAUCCUGA